CCUCAAACCAUCCAUCCAUCAACCACCUACUCUGCCGUCGACCUGGUUUUUCUUCUGCGCUGCCAACCAUCCCAGUGUUUUUUCUACGCCUCAUUUCUGAUUCCAAAAAGCCAUCACUUCAACGAAAGCCAAGAUGAAUCCUGAAUACGACUAUCUCUUCAAGCUGCUCCUCAUCGGUGACUCCGGUGUCGGAAAGUCCUGCUUGCUCCUGCGAUUCGCCGACGACACAUACACCGAGUCCUACAUUUCCACAAUCGGUGUCGACUUCAAGAUCAGGACGAUUGAGCUCGAUGGCAAGACGGUGAAGCUGCAGAUCUGGGAUACUGCUGGCCAGGAGAGGUUCCGGACCAUCACUUCUUCCUACUACCGUGGCGCCCACGGCAUCUGCGUCGUCUACGAUGUUACAGACAUGGACUCGUUCAACAAUGUCAAGCAGUGGCUCCAGGAGAUCGACAGAUACGCCACCGAGGGCGUCAACAAGCUUCUGGUCGGAAACAAGAGCGAUAUGGCUGACAAGAAGGUUGUCGAUUACACCGUCGCAAAGGAGUUUGCUGACAGCCUGGGCAUCCCGUUCCUCGAGACCUCGGCCAAGAACGCCAGCAAUGUCGAGCAGGCCUUCCUGACGAUGGCCCGGCAGAUCAAGGAGCGCAUGGGCACCACAGCCACUAACAACACCAAGCCAUCCGUCCAGGUUGGCCAGGGCCAUGGUGUCUCGUCGGGAUCCAGCAACAGCUGCUGCUAAGAAGCCCCUUCCGACCGACAACACCUUUUUACCCGCCUGCCUCGAACUUUUUUGUACAAGUACCAAUCAACCAACCAACCCGGCGUCAACUCGAAGGCCAUUUCGCUCACGACCGUCACGAACUGUGGGAAUGAGUGAUGCACGCGCAGGACAUUGGGGGGGUUGCUCGUUGAAGGCCUCCGACCACGGCUUUGCGAAUUACAUGGAAAUUCUUUUUCUCUCGCGUGUUUUCUGGCUGCGCAAUAGACUGAAGUGGCCGUCACUUUGGAUUUCACUUUCCGGAUCAAGAGGAUCGAUGGGGGAACUUCGGAUGCAGCAGCACACAUCGUCAUGGUGGACCAGGCAGAGCAUCUAAUCUUCUAGAGCAUCAUCUGGCUUGUUCCCAUGACGGACGGUAAAAGGGUCAGUUGAUGCAAUCAGGAGACAAACGGACUGAUGGAUGGGCAUCCCCUUUUCUGACCCCGUGGCCUUUUUUUUUUCCGCCGGGCAUGGCGAGUCAUCACAGACCACAUAAUAACAUACACUGCUGGAGUUUGUUUUUGUCGUUCUGAUUUUUCCACAUGUGAACCUUUCUCCUUCUUCCGUCUCCUCUUGCCUGGUUUUGCCUGCUUUGUUUACGGGUUUCUGGUGGACAUUGCUUUCCUCUUUCGGGUUUCUCCUCCUUCUCCUGAGGUUAGGGACGUAGGUACGAAAGACGCUCAAUACGACUGGUCUAUCAGACCCUUUCCUGG